GGAGAGGCCCUCUGCUUCCGCGUCUUCCGCUUUCCGUGGCCGCCUGCAGCGCUUCAUUCCGGGCUUAAAACCGAGUCCUGCGCCGCGUCCUCUGAACCGCCACCUCUCCGCCCCAUACAGCCGGCUCCCAGGCCUCUCACACGGACCCAGCACCUCCGUAGACCCGCCGUAGACCCGCCGUAGACCCGGAGCUCCGCGGACAUGCUCAGGCUCCUGCUCCUCGCCGCUCUUGCCGCUCUCUCCGCGGCCAGUGAUGUGUUGGAGUUCACCGAUGAUGACUUCGAUAGCCGCAUCGGGGACCACGACCUCAUCCUCGUGGAGUUCUUUGCGCCGUGGUGCGGGCACUGUAAACGUCUGGCCCCCGAGUACGAAGUGGCCGCCACUCGACUCAAAGGAGUUGUGGGUCUGGCAAAGGUUGACUGCACAGCCAACAGUAACACUUGCAGUAAAUACGGAGUGAACGGGUAUCCCACCUUAAAGAUCUUUAGAGACGGAGAGGAGACUGGACCGUACGAUGGACCCAGGACUGCAGACGGCAUCGUGAGCUUCCUGAAGAAACAGGCAGGUCCUGCAUCUGUGGAGCUCAAGUCUGAGGAGGAUCUGGACAAGUUCACCUCCGACCAGGACGCCAGUGUCAUAGGUUUCUUCUCAGACUCAUCUUCUGCAGCUCAGGUUGAGUUUCUGAAGGCUGCUAGCGCUCUGAGGGAGAGCUACCGAUUUGCUCACACCAACGAAGCGGGUCUGAUCACAGCCAAUGGAGAGGGCGUGGUACUGUUCCGUCCAAAGAAGCUCCAGAACAAGUUUGAAGAAUCCACUGUGAAAUUCAGCGAAGAAAAGUUCACAAGUAACAAACUCAAGAGGUUCAUCCAGGACAAUAUUUUUGGGAUGUGUCCUCACAUGACUGACGAUAACAAAGACCAGCUAAAGGGGCGGGAUUUGUGCGUGGCGUAUUAUGAUGUGGACUACGCCAAAAACCCCAAGGGCUCCAACUACUGGAGGAACAGAGUAAUGAAGGUGGCGAAGGGCUUCCUGGACAAAGGGCAGAGCCUGAAUUUCGCCGUGGCCAAUAAGAACUCAUUCAUGCAUGAGCUGACUGAAUUUGGAUUGGACGGCAGCAGUGGAGAGCUCCCCCUGGUGGCCAUCCGAACGGCCCGUGGCGACAAAUAUGUCAUGACCGAGGAGUUCUCCCGUGACGGUAAAGCUCUGGAGAGUUUCCUACAAGAUUAUUUUGAUGGAAAACUGAAGCGUUACCUGAAGUCUGAGCCCAUCCCCGAAGACAACGAUGGCCCGGUGAAGGUUUUAGUGGCGGAAAACUUUGAUUCGAUUGUGAAUGAUGACUCCAAAGACGUCCUGAUCGAGUUCUACGCGCCUUGGUGUGGCCACUGCAAGAACCUGGAGCCCAAGUACACCGAGCUCGGAGAGAAGUUGUCAUCUGAUCCAAACGUGAUCAUCGCCAAAAUGGACGCCACCGCCAAUGACGUGCCAUCGCCGUAUGAAGUCAGCGGUUUCCCCACGAUCUACUUCUCUCCAGCUGGACAGAAGAACAGCCCCAAAAAAUACAAUGGUGGUCGGGAGGUGAGCGACUUCAUCUCGUACCUCAAACGUGAAGCGUCCAAUCCCCUGGUUCUGCCUGAUGAGCCCAAGAAGAAGAAAAAGAAGUCAGAACUAUAAAAACUACAAACAUGUCCUCUGAAAAAACUACAAACUCCCCCAACAACUUCCUGCUACACAGCCCCGCCCACACCGUGACAAAGGGGCAGGACACGAACUGAAAUGAUCCACAAAAAAGGGGCUUUGACAUGACCCUGCUCCAAUCAGAACUGAGCCCAAACCCCACACCCAGAAUCCGCUCGGCAACAGCAGGAAGAAACACAUUUUUUAACCAAUGGGGCGGGCCUUAGCAGAAGAGAUUAGCUCUGAUUGGUUGGUGGCACUGAGUUCACUGGGAUUCUUUUGUUUUGUAAAAUGUCUGUUUUCGUUUUUGUACAUUUGGAAGAUUGUGAAAUAAAAAGGCCCACAAAACC